GUCAUUAGGAAUAGUCAGAAGGCUAUAAAUUUGGGCAAGAGAGGAGGCCAAACCGUCACUUCAGUAUAAUUGUUUUUCUUUUCUGAUCUACCUUCAAAGCUUCUGUCACUACAAUUUGAUUAGGUCUUGUCUACAUCACCAUGGCUUUCUGGAACAGAUUCUUGCCUCUUCUGGCACUGCUUGCUGUUUUGGCUCCUAUGACUAAUCAUGCUUUAUCCAGUCAGCAUCUGUGUGGCCCUCAUCUAGUAGAUGCACUUUACCUUGUAUGUGGAGAACGGGGCUUUUACUAUGACUCCAAACGACGGCGGAAUGUUGAAGAAUCCCUAGCAAAUGGGUUGGAUGAACUGUCAUUCCAGACACAUGACUUACUGAAGAGAGGAAUUGUGGAAAAAUGUUGUGAAAACACCUGCACCCUUUAUGAUCUAGAAAACUACUGCAACUAGAGGAGAAACCCUGCGGGGGAAGCAAGAUAAGCACUUUGCUAUUGCACUUUCCAAGUCAUGAAUAAAAAUCCUAUGAAUCUA